CUCCUUUGCAAGUAUGCCCGCUCAGCAACUCACGACCGUCGCGUACACGUCGCUCUCGGACGCUGACCUUGACGCGCUUAAGACGGACGGCAAGGUUCAUCUCUUCAACAACAUUGGCUGCCCAUUCGGCCACCGCGCGCUGUGGACCGCCGCCGAAGUCGACGCACCACUUACGGUCUACGAGAUUGGUCUCUACGCCGAAAUGCCGCCCAGCUACGUCGAAAAGUUCAACCGGUAUCACACCGUGCCGUUCCUUGUCCACGAAGGGUACCCUGUGUACGAGUCAGCGAUUGUGGCGCAGUUUUUGGACGCCAAAUACAACGGCGGGAAGCUCCACAACCGCGACAGCCCCGAGCGCGCGGCAUUGGCGCAGCUGGCCCAAGCCAAGUUUGAGGCUGGUCCGUUCUACGCACUUCUCCGCAACCAGGACCCGGCCAAGAAGGACGAGCUCGAGGCCAAGAUCGAAGCCGCGCUCGGCGACCUCGAAAAGAUCUACCGCGACCACGCAGCCGACUUUCGCGCCGACGGCCCAUACCUUCUCGGCGCCGACCUCAGCAGCGCCGAGAUCAACAUCGUGCCGUUCCUCUUCCGCUUCAAGCACGUCUUGAGUCAUUACCGCGACUUUGACAUUACGAAAGGCUUUCCGCUCCUCACGGCGGCGUACGAAGCUGCGAUCGCACGCCCGGCGUUCAAGCUCACGGUGCGUGACCCUGAGUACUAUAUCAACGCGUAUGCAAAGUACGCCAACCCGUAA